UGUUAUGGUGUAUUUGUUAGAAGCGGUUAUCACGAGAGAAAAAGUUUUGUUUGGUCUCUCACUUGAAUCUGAAUCUGAAAUUGCAACUAGUUACUCUUCAUAACAACUAUAAAAUCGUGCAAAAUAUGGGCCAAUUUGCCACAAAUGUUUCGUCGGUGCUCGUCCUCUUGGCUAUGUUGGGCAGCCAAUCAGCGGUGGGCAAAAUGAUGGGCCGAGAAGAUGCAGACGACGACAAGCCAGAGCUGGACGAGGAGGACAAGUGGACGGUGACUAAGACUGUGUACUUUGACUUCACUGUGGAUCUGGAGCCAGCUGGGAGGGUCUCCAUUGCUCUGUUCGGAGAUGCUGCCCCCAACACUGUCAACAACUUUGCAGCACUCGCCAAGGGCAACUACAGGGGCGAUCCUAAGUUCGGCUACAAGGGAACGAAGAUCCACAGGAGUGUGCCGGACUUUGUGAUCCAGGGGGGAGACAUCACAACUGAGGACGGGAGUGGGGGCAAGAGCAUCUACGGACCCUUCUUCAACGACGAACCCUUCUACCACUCCCACGCAGGACCAGGGUACGUGUCCAUGGCGAACAAGGGGGAGAAGGACACCAACAGUUCCCAGUUCUUCAUCAUCAUGCAGAGGACGAGGUGGUUGGACGAGAAACACGUCGUGUUCGGAAAAGUGGUCGAGGGCAUGGAUCUGAUCAAGAAGAUCAACAGUAUGGAGACAAACGAAGUGCAUGCUCCCAAGAAACUCAUCAUAAUCGAGGACUGUGGACUGGUGAAACACGACCCAUACGUCCUACCCGAGAACCAGAGAUACGUCUGAACAAAAGACAGUCCCAAAUAGUGAACUACUAAAUCAAACACAGAAACACACACACCGAAACUGAAUGAAUGUAUUUUGUCGCAAAAAGACAGUUCGCGAUUACCCUUUUCAAUCGGAUAUUACAUAAUUUCACUGAGCAAGACUACUGAUUUGACUGUGAAACAAAACUGGAAUUGACCACUACGAAAUGCAGUUUCAUUUGCGU